CAUGAGAGGAGUGUUCCCACAGGAGAUGUAGUUUCCCUUUGUUUGCCAUGCUGUGCACCUCGCCGACCUCUUCCCUUUGCCUCGCUCCUUCUCAGUAUUGAAUGCCAGACACCUGUACGACAGCUGAAACUCAAAGGGACGCACUAGUCACAGACUCUCGGCUGAGCUUGGUGGACAUUUCUCUGCUGGAUAUAAAGUAUAAGCAGGUGGCUUGUAGAGAUAACAGAAAAAAGAAGAGAGAGAGACUCUGCUAGGAACAAGCAUGUCAAAACAGGGGGAAAAGGAAUCUGUGUUCAUUACCACCAAAGUGAGGACCAAGCUGAAGGGAGACGGCAGCUGGUUGCAGCGCAGCAGCGAUGCUCAGGCUGAAGCCGACAAGGAGAAGCCAUGGUUAGCGGAAGUAAGGGCCUGUCGUUUGAACGGACCCCCUGUUGAGACCAGUCCAGUAUCGUCACCAACAUCAUCCACUCCGCCCCCCACCAAGUCUGACGCAGAGAGAGCACCGGCGUCAGGAUUCCUGAUCAGAGGCAUUUUCACUAAACUAGACAAGCCUACUUCAUCUUCAACAACUAACGGUGUUAUUCCAUCAACAACACAAUUCACCAAAAAGCCUGCAGAAAGCUACAAGAAAAUAGCCCCCUACACUGUGAGGCCCACUUCAGAGAACCAGGAGAGCCAGCUUAGCAACGAGGAGCAGGAGAAACGGACGGAGGCUGCCAGCAAUGUUCUGAAGAAAUCCUCAGUCAGGAAACGGUCUUAUGUGUUUUCUGCUGCUAAGAAAUAUGAGUCUCAAGAAGCGGAGCCCGAACCCUCUUUGCUCAACAGCAGUCCAGCAUUUCUGGCUAGAAGGGUGGAGAUUAUCGAUGACGAUGGGAGCGCCGCGACACCAGAGCCUGCCAGCGCUCUGCCCCCCUCCCCCGUUGUUGCCUCCCCAACCGAGCCCAAACCACGCAAAGUAGUCAACACCAGUGUUAAAGCUGUUGCGGUUAACGAGCCGGUGGCACCAACGGUCGUGGAGCCUGCCCCAGAGCCUGUGAAGGAUGACCCCCCUCCAGUGUCUGUUACAGUAAAUGACCCAUUUGAAGACAUGGAACCAGGCGGCACCAAGCUGGCCGCUCCUCUCCCUGUGCGCAUCCCAAAGUGUUUUCAAGCAGUCUGUAUGGAGCCAGAACCCAAGGAUUCAGACAUUUCUGGGCUGGUUGACCUCGCCCCAGCAUCACCAACCCCAUUACCACCUACUCCAGCAGCCCCUGCCCCUCUUUCACCUGCCCCAGUGUCUGCUGUAACAGAGAUCCCAGAGUGGACCGAACCAGAAAUAGCACCAAAACCAUCUCUAAAGCCAAGAGUCAACACCAGUGUUAAGACAGCUUAUGACGUUGCUGUUAACGAGCUGGUGUCACCAAAGGUCGUGGAGCCUGUGAAGGAUGACCCCCCUCCAGUGUCUGUUACAGUAAAUGACCCAUUUGAAGACAUGGAACCAGGCGGCACCAAGCUGGCCGCUCCUCUCCCUGUGCGCAUCCCAAAGUGUUUUCAAGCAGUCUGUAUGGAGCCAGAACCCAAGGAUUCAGACAUUUCUGGGCUGGUUGACCUCGCCCCAGCAUCACCAACCCCAUUACCACCUACUCCAGCAGCCCCUGCCCCUCUUUCACCUGCCCCAGUGUCUGCUGUAACAGAGAUCCCAGAGUGGACCGAACCAGAAAUAGCACCAAAACCAUCUCUAAAGCCAAGAGUCAACACCAGUGUUAAGACAUCUUAUGACGUUGCUGUUAACGAGCCGGUGUCACCAAAGGUCGUGGAGCCUGUGAAGGAUGACCCCCCUCCAGUGUCUGUUACAGUAAAUGACCCAUUUGAAGACAUGGAACCAGGCGGCACCAAGCUGGCCGCUCCUCUCCCUGUGCGCAUCCCAAAGUGUUUUCAAGCAGUCUGUAUGGAGCCAGAACCCAAGGAUUCAGACAUUUCUGGGCUGGUUGACGCCCCUCUGGUUGACCUCGCCCCAGUGUCACCAACUCCAGCAGCCCCUGGCCAGGCUUCACCUGCCCCUCUUUCACCUGCCCCAGUGUCUGCUGUAACAGAGAUCCCAGUGUGGACCGAACCAGAAAUAGCACCAAAACCAUCUCUAAAGCCAAGCUCCGGUGUUGACACGCUCGCCACAUUGUCCGACACUCUCAUUGCUUUCGACUCAAGUUCAACCAGCUUUUGGGAUGAUAAGCCAGUGAUGACAGAGGAAGAAGCAGGUUCAGCAAACAUUCAAACCACAGAGAACGGUGUUGAACGGGAGGCAGAGCUCAGCAACUGUAUACCAAUAACAGAUGAUCUCCUGGCUCUCACCGAUGGUCCCGAGGAGUCUGUAGACCCCGUCCCCCCCAGUCCAGGACGCUGGAGCCAGGAUCUGCUAGGUGGACUAAACAGUGAGUCAAUCCCAGCAAAGACGAGUGGCACCCUGGAUCUGCUGGCUGACGAUGUCAUUCCAAUCAAGACAGAGGCACGCAGCCUCAACAUGCAGCGAGAGGAGGAACAGACGGAUGAAACAGCCAGAGAAACACAAAGCCAAGAGGACAACACAGAUCCAUGGAGCUCACGUGAGACGACCACAGUCACUGAAUCAAGCUCGGAUGAUCCGUUUGAUCCAUAUCCGAUAGGGACCACAUCCUCUAACAGCGCUUCUGACCUGCUCCAGCCUCACUCUGGUAUUUCCAGCAACAGUGCAUCAUUUACUUUCAUGGAGAACAAAGAUCCAAGUCCAGAAACCGAUAUUGGCAGCAAUGCGUUGGAAUCCCUUGCAGACAACGUCUUCCCUAUCAACACUGAAAGCACAAGUCUCGGCACUGAGCGGUCAUGGGCACGCACAUGGGAAACCAGCCCACCUCAGCAGGCUAACUCAGACGAGAGCCAAGAAGCUGUACCAGGAGGCCAAACUGUAGAUCAAGAGACGCUGGUCAUGUUUGAAAGAAAGUCCUCUGAGAAUGACUCCCCAUGGGACAGGUGGACAUCACCCAUUGUUUAUACCCUCGCUACAGAAGAAGAAGAAGAGGAGGAGGAGGAGAAGGAAAGCAGAGAGUAUACGGAGACAGUCACAACCAUCACCACGAACAGGGAGAUACACAGUGAACAACAGCUCGCUAUGGAUCGUUAUGAGACCUAUUCCAGGAGCGUGACAAAAGAAGACCAGCGUGCCCAAACACCAGAACCUGAGGCCAAAAAGGGUUUUGUGUAUUUGAAGGAGUAUGUCAAUGCAACAGAGCUGUCCUUGCAUAAUGCCAGAGACUCAACCGAUAAAGGGUCAGAUUAUUUUCCAUCCAGCUCUGCCAGUUACUCUUACAGCAGCCCCUCCACUUACUCCAGUGGCCUGUCAUCAUCCACCUGUAACUUCUGCGAAAAGCCGGUGGGUAAUGAUGCCAAGAUCACCAUCGAGCACCUCAAUAUCAACUGUCACCCCGACUGCUUCAAGUGCGGUGUGUGUGGGAAGCACAUGGGAGACCUUCUGGACAGCAUGUUCCUCCAUGGUGGGAAAGUCCACUGCGAGACCUGCUACAGCAACGCCUUGGACUGAUUAUCAGAGCCCGUCUGCAGCCUCUUGUCCUCGCACCGUUCCCUUCAUGUUCAUUUGCAUAUAAAGUGGGAACUCACAUCUUUCUCAUUGUUUGGUUUGAACUCAGGAAUAAUGUGGUUUAGGCUGAUCAAAAAGGUUGUUAUAGUGAACAAUAUGACUAUUGAAUGUGGAUUCUUAAAUUAGGUUACAUUUCUAAUUCAUCAAUCAUGUUAUAAAUGCUUGUGUUGUGUUUUUUACCCUCGUGGUGAAAGCGGUAUCUGCCUUUGUAAACUAUGAAGUAUAUGUGUCAUGAACAGACUAAUACUGGCUAGUGGGGAAUGACAAUGUAAUUUAGCCACAGUCGUUAUGGAAAAAAAUGACUUUAUUCAAAAAUGUUUACUUUUUCUCUUGAUACAAAAUAGUGUGUUCACAUGUAUGAUG